UGAACGCCCUACGUUUUUGUAAUUCUACUGGUUUCAGAGAUGGACGCUUUGGGCGGUGGCCUUGGCGGCCUCUGGAACUUAAACUAUCCCUUCCGGCGAAGAGCAAAAGACGGAUCCAAAUCCAAAUCCUCCGAUUCCGUGGAAGCAACCAGCGGAGCCGGUUUGCGGUUCCCCUUGAAGCAAGCCCUCAUAGCUGGCUCACUCGCUCUAUCCGGCGACACAAUCGCUCAGCUCUCAGAGCGUUGGAGAAAAGCAAAAGCUUUGAACCAUGAACAGUCUCUCUCUGAUCCUGAUGGAUUCUCUAAGGAUGUAAUGCGGACCCUCCUUUCAGACCAUGAUUGGCUUCGUGCCCUGCGGAUGACUUCUUAUGGGUUUCUUUUAUAUGGUCCUGGUUCUUAUGCGUGGUAUCAGUAUCUUGAUCAUUCGUUGCCGAAGCAAACGGCGCAGAAUCUAGUGCUGAAGGUGCUACUAAACCAAAUUGUGCUUGGUCCAUGUGUGAUUGCUGUUGUUUUUGCAUGGAACAACUUAUGGCAAGGGAAGCUCUCACAGCUUCCAGACAAGUACCAAAGAGAUGCUCUUCCGACAUUGCUUUUUGGAUUUAGAUUCUGGAUCCCUGUCAGUGCAUUGAAUUUCUGGCUUGUGCCUCUUCAAGCUCGUGUCGCUUUCAUGUCAACGGGCUCCAUAUUCUGGAACUUCUGCUUGUCUUCAACUAUGAACAAGUAAUUGAUCAACACAAGAAUUCAAUUAAUGCUUUGGUAUCAGCAUAUGGAACUUUGACUAUAAGGUGUUACACGAGAAAGCAACCGUGGUGUGAGAGGAAGAAGAUAGUGGCUCUACUCUCCAAUGGCGUCACAACGUGAAGUGAAUGAGAGUCUAAGAUAUGAGAUAAUGAAUGAUGAGAGGCAAGAGGAAGAAGAUGGUGGCUUUGGGCUCUGGCAGUGUCAUGGUGAACCGGUGAAGUGAAUGACUGAACUAUGAAGAAAAAAAAAUCUAAAACAAUGUAAA